CAACGGUGCACCAGCGGGAGCAGCCGCCGCACACUCCUUACCUUCCGCGCAGAAACACACCCGCACCCACUUACCCAGCCACUCUUGGAACACCUCCCACACUUGGAACACAUACCCCGCCUUCCACCAACAUGGGUCUAUGCAGCGGCUGCAGGAAGGUCACAAACCUAUUCUGCUUCAACCACCGCAAGAAUGUCUGCGAUAGGUGUAUGCUUACAGAUCACCCAUCGUGCAUUGUCCGCCCCUACCUGGCCUGGCUCGAAAACUCCGACUAUUCCCCCAACUGCGGGAUAUGCAGUAAUCGAUUAGAAGGACAGCAGUGUCUGCGAUUAUGUUGUUUGCAUGUGUUUCAUGUGGGGUGUUUGAAGGGGUGGAUAUCGGCUGGGAACGGGGAUGGAGGUGGGGGGUGUCCGGAAUGUAUGGUGAGUUUGGAAUGACGAGAGGCCGAGCGGAGCGAGUGGGACAGAUGGGAUGCUUGAGGCUGGCGAGCCCUAGGCGAACGUAUUCGCGAU